CCCCUAAGAGUUUCAUACCAAACUCCAGCCACUCAAAAUGUAGUUUAUGAACAAACUGAGCUAAGUUACAUAUCAGCUCGUGAAAUUCAUCAACCUCAACCUCAGCCACAGCCAAGACUUAAUCCAUCCCGUGCCAGCUCAGCAAACUCUCCUGCUCUGUUCUAUGAACAGUCACCGGACUUUCAAACCUUCCAGCAUGACCCCUAUGCUGACCUCUCUCCUCGCAAUGUGCCAAACGAAAGACUGGAACCAUCAGCAGUCAUCAAUUUUGCUAAGCAAUGGAACAAGAAGAAUAAUUUCCAUGGCUUGAUGUAUGAAGUAUUCAAUGAUAAGGUCAACCAAUUCCUAAGAGCAUGUGAAUUGCUCGAGAUCCGUCCAUUGUAG